AGAUCAGAACACUAUUUAAGGCUGAACAUAACACAGAAACCCCAGAGCUGAACUGUGAAGAGUGCCGAUCUGCAAAUGAAAACAACUAUGUUUCUUCCACUGCUCCUGCUGCUGUUCCCAGCUUUUCUUCAAGGACACUGUGACGAUGAGACCUGUAGUCCAAACAUCUACACUGUGCUCAGUGAGUUGGACGCCAAAGUGAACAAACUGGAGAAUCAGCUACAAGUCCAUCAGGUGGCUUUCUCAGCCUCUUUGCUGGUUUCAGGCGAGGAGACCAUUGGACCGUACAAUGAUUUUGUAACUCUGGUCUACAAAAAUGUUGUCACAAAUGUUGGGAAUGCCUACAACCCAAACACAGGUUAUUUCACCGCACCAGUGAAAGGCGCCUACCACUUUGAAUUUUACAUCGCUGUUCAAGGGUCACGUGUAACAGCUGCUGUGUUGGUGAAAAAUGGAAGCAGAACUUUUGGUGCAUACGAGAAUAUUGGUAGUGGUUUGGGUUCUGCUUCCAAUGGAAUAACACUAGUCUUAGAAGUUGGAGAUGUUGUUGGUGUACAUCUGUGGGAAAACCAAGUAAUAUAUGACAGUCAUGAACACCUCAGCACCUUCAGUGGUCGUCUCCUUUUCACCAUGUGAGGGGAAAGAUGUGUUCUUAUUCUUCUGUUAUACUUUUAGCAGCUUUCCUUUGAUUAAACAGUUGACAUUAGAGAGAAGAGCAAAGAAGGGGAGAGGUUUAGCAAGAACAAUACGUGCUGACAUGAAUCAAACUGUGGAUGUUCCAGUUCUGUGUCAAUACAGUAAAUGUCUGAUUGCUAAAUUUCACUUGUACAUCUUAAACUUCAUUGGAGUACGUUUACAAACUGACAGUGUGAUGUUAUCAGCUGAUGAACAAGGAUGAUAUUUGUUAAUUCUGAAUUCUCUCUUUUGUCUGACUGUUUAACUUCUACAUAAUCUAAGGCUGAAUGACAAAUCAUGACAACAACACUGGGUAUGAACAUUUACUUGGUGGAAUUUUGAUUUUUUUUUUCUCUCUCAAUUAUUGCAUAGAAAUAAAGAUCUGCAUGAGCAUA